AGCCUACUAACCGAUAACGAUAUCUAUUCAGUAGAAUCGAAUUUACGUAUGUAAACAUAAACAGGCAAAAGCAGAGGCCGCGUCUCAAAUUUUAAGAUAACGACGGGUAUAUAAACUUUAAACUGGACUAACUUGAGACAUAACUUCAAGAGAACACUUAUACGAUGGCUUUCAAAAUCGCGUGCGUAGUCUUAGCCCUGGCAGUGGCCGCCCUCGGCCACCCCCAGUAUGGCGGUAGCGGCGGUCAUGGAGGUCAGAGUGGCCAUGGAGGUCAGAGUGGCCAUGGCGGUCAGAGUGGCUUCGGCGGUCAGAGUGGCCAAGGCGGUCAGAGUGGCCACGGCGGUCAUGGCAGUCAGGGAGGACAGGGUCAGCAAGGUGGUUUUCAACAUGACCAAGGAUUUGGACAAGGAGGAUUAGGCGGACAGGGUGGUCAAGGCCAAGGCGGUUUCGGACAGAGUGGUCAAGGCCAGGGCGGUUACGGACAACAGGGUCAGCACGGCUCUCACGGUGGUCAGGGAGGUUUUGGUCAAGACAGCGGCUUCGGCCAAGGUGGGCAAGGCGGACAAGGAGGUUUCGGUCAACAAGGCCAGGGUGGUUACGGUGGCAGCCAUGGCAACCACGGUGGCGGAUACCAGCAACACGGAUACUAAGGAAUCAAGAUGAAAAUCUAACCUGCGCCUGCAAAACUUAAUAGUAUGACUACUUAUCAACAUAAAUCCUCCUCAGCACGAGUAUUUUAGUCUUAAAUUAAAACAUAAAACAAUAUUGUCAAGGAAUCAACCGUUCAAGGCUUGUCAGAUAACCCACCAGAAUUUGUUUUUAAACAAUAAUAAAACUGUAAAUAAAUGUACCUAACAACAAUAA